UUCCCAUUCAGUUUAUUAUAUGGGAAGAGGUGUAUUAAAAUGGAAAGGAAUAACAGAAAUAUGUAUUAAGUUUGGGAUUUGUAUUUAUCUAUAUACAUAAGUAUGUAUGCAGAUGCACAUAGAAGUUUAUCUCUAUGAUUUUACUAGUUAGAAAGAGUUGCAAGUGUAGAUUCAAUGAGCCCAACAGUAAUAUAACUCAAUCAUUGUUUUCAAUUUCUCAAUCAACUCAAUUUGAUUGUUUGAUUCCUAUAAGAAUUUAUGUGAUUAAGUUUGGAUAGUUUUUUAGGUAAUAAUGACAGCAGAUUUAAUUUCCGAUUUGAAGACCCUAAAAGAUCCUUUAGUGAAACAAUCAAUUAAGCUUAAAAUAGUAAAUGAAAUUACAAAUAAAUUAAAAAACAAUAAAUACUCACAAAAUCAAAUAGAGGAUUUUUUAAAACCAGAAAAUGUAAUUGAUUCUUGCUUUUUUAUCAAGAGACUUUAUGUGAAUUUUCUAAUCGAAUUAAAAAAUGAUGAAGUAUUAAUUCAAUCGUUAUUAUGUGAAAACGAUGAUAUCAUUGAAGAUAUAUUAAAACGUUGUAACUAUAUAUGGAAAAAUCCGAAGAAACAAUUUAACCUGCAAUUUCUAAUACAAAAUGUCUUUCCAAAGAUAUCUUAUUCACACAGAAAUAAAAUAAUUAAAUUAUUGGCAAUAAAUACUACAAAUUGUGAUGAAGCAAAGAAGUAUUUUGACGAAUUAUUUUCUAUUUAUAAUAUUUCAACAGCCCGUGCCUUUCUAAAACAUUGUGAUUUGAUUACGUGGAUUAAUAUGAUAAAAAUUAGUGUAUUUUUGAAAAACCGAGACUUGGAAGUAAUUUUAAAAGAAAGAUCGAGAGAUAUUAUAACAUAUUUUGAGAAUUUGUUAGAAACUUUUCAAGACGAAGAAUUACCGAAAAUUUUUAAUCAUCGGGAUUAUAAUUAUUCAAAAAUAAUCUUGAAAUUAUAUUCCUCUUACCCAGAAGAAAUUUUGAAAUUAAUAGAAAAAAAAUUCAGCAUUUUCCGGUCCUUUAAAGCAAGUAGAAAAUUUACAAAAUCUUUGAUAAAACAUUCCGCAGAUUUUGUGAUAUCAGACGCGGAAUCUGAUAGGUAUAAUAAAUUUGUAUUAUUGAAAUACUUUAAAAAGGAGGAAAUGGAAAAAUAUUUGUGCGAACUAUUCCCUGAAGAAAAAGAUAUUACUGACAUUCCUAGUAUAAGUUACAAAGUUAAUAAUUUUUGGUUUUUAUUCAAAAGAGAUGAAGAUAAACUAAAUAUGUUACAGAAAUGUUAUAAACGUGUUUAUGGAAAAGAGCUGUUAGAAAAUAACAAAAAUAUUACUUUUAAUUUAUUAUUAUGGAUGAAAGAUAACGAAACGAGACAUAAAUAUGCUUUUGAAAAAUUUGAAUAUGGCUCGACAAAUAAAACAGUAAAAUCUAUAGAUUGGAUUCCUUUUAUGAAAACUAAUGUAUCAAUUCCCAAAUUAAAUGAAUUACUUCAAAUUUCUGUAGAUGCCGAAAAUCGAAGAAAAUUUCUUAAUGAUUUGGUUCUAACUUGUAAACUAAAUGAGGAUUAUAAUUCCCUAUUAGAAAUUUUGAAAUAUUUCAAUAUGAAGCAUAAGAAUGAGCAGUUGUCAGUUAGAAGUAGUUUUAUCAAAAAUUUUGUAGACACAUUAGAUUCGAACCUAUCGAAAUUAAGUCGGUUACAUUGGGAGGAACUAUAUAACAUUAUAUGUAAUUUCGACAUGAAAUCUGAAUUAAAUCAUCGCUUUUUAAAUAUUCCAGAUAUGUUAUUUGUUGAAGCAUUGAAAUUUUCAAAAAAUGAUAAACUAUUUUUUAAAAAUUGGUACAGUUAUUUUGUAAAGUGGGUUGGAUUUAAAUUUCACUGGAAAUUUUAUACUACGCUAUCGCAAGCUAAUAAUAAAACUGUAUUAUUGUUGGCUGCUGAAUUGACAGAACCUUCGUUUCAUGAAGAUUUGCUGAAGAGCUAUUUUGAUUAUAAUACGGCAAAUCCUAAAAAUAUUAUAAUAAUAGUUGAACAAGAUUGGGUUUUAAAAUUUUGUGAUAAAAAAUUGACGAAGACUGAUAAAACUCACAUAUAUGAGAUGGAGGAAACAAUAUGUUUGAUUGAAAAUGACAAUGGUUUAGCUGAAUAUUUUUCUGACCGUUUAAUAGAACUUAAAAAACAGAUUUUAAAUAUCUGCGAUGAUUUGGAUAAAUUAAGUUAUUUCGUGCAAUACCAGUCAUACGAACCCAACUUAAUCCCAGAUAAAAUUACAAAAUUUUGUGAUUUAUUCUUUUCCUUUUUGAAAGAUGAUACAAAUUCUUUUUACCAUAAAGUUGAUAAAUUAAAAAUGUUGAAGCGAAUACCAGGGUUUGAAGAGUUACUUCAUAAAAAAUGUGAUGAAAUAUUAAAGAAUAAGAAAACAGAUGAAUUAAAAGAACAUGCCUUGUGGAUUUUAUUACCGUGUAUGUCUGGCAGUCAAUUUUAUGAAAUAGUUGAAUCAUAUUAUCCUGAAGAAAAAACUGCAUCAAUUGGGAGUGUAGAAUGUCAAUACAAAUUUAUGUUUCAGAAAAAAAUUGCAUCUAGCUUAAAAUAUUUCAAAUCAAAUCCAGAAACUUUAGUAGCUCUAAAAAAAUUUUGUUAUGGUGAUUUUCUUCAAUUAGCUGUGGGUAGUUUGAAUAGUGUUUGUUUAAAAAUUCCAUGUCAUAAAUCGAAAAGGUUUUUAGAAAAUUCCUUCAAUGCACCAAUAUCAUUUAAAAAACAUGUUGUUAGAUUACUAUUAUUGAUCGAAAGUAAAAUAUCAAUAAUCAAUCUAAUUAAGGAAAUUUGGUUAGACAAUAGAAGUCCAAUUAUUCGAAAAGUGUUGUUAGAUAUAAUGCUGAAAUAUUUGGUAACAGAUAUAGAUGCUCACAUUUGGUGGGAACUAAUUGAAAAAUUCAUCCAAGAACUUAAUUAUAAAGAUAAAGAUGUUAUUGAAAGUUUUAGCAAUUUAAAUGGUGUUCCAAAAGAAUAUUUAUCCCAUUAUUGCAAAGCAAUGUGGUUUAAAAUUUUACAAGUUGAAAAUGAGCUUCCAUUUUUCCAAGAGAAGCGUUUUCAGAUGUUAGAAGGGAUAAAUAAAAAUAUUAAUCAUAUGGAGAAGGAUUUUAUUGAAUAUCUUUUAGAAGACAACCUUUUUUCUAUACAUAUACCUGAGAUAAAUUCUGAAAAAUGUUUAGUUACAGCUAUAGAAUAUAUGUUGUUGCACAGAAGUACAGAGGAAAAUAUACAAGAGAAGAUAAAAUUUAUUGUUACAAAACUAAAAUUAAGUUUUAACAAUCAGUGGGAUUUUUAUGAUGAAAAUGAGCAAAAUUAUACUUUGAGAAACAUUAUUUCGAAAUUCUUCAAAAUAUUUUUUUUUGCAAUUAUAAAACGAAAUACACAGGAUAAGAUUUUAAUAAAUUUGAUAAUAGAAAAUUUUGUUAAAUUUUUAAAAGAAGUUUUCAGUUCGUCAACAUAUUUUAAUUUAUAUUAUAUUGUAUUCGAAUUUAUUUUGAUAUAUUUUAAUACUAAUAAAAAUUUAAUGGAAUUGGGUAAACAAAUUCAAAAAAUUAUUUACACAGAAAAUGAAAGAGAUCCAUGCAUGGCACCAAUUCAAUUAAUUAAGAAUUUAGAAUAUUUUGCAAAUUUACUUUUGAUGGAAAACCGAAAUAUUAUAAUUGCAGAUAUAGUAAGUGGAAUAUUAAGCGAUCCAUUAGAUUCAGAAGUCUGUAAUUUAGUAGCUUGUCUAUUUAUAAAUGAAUAUAAUUUUAUUGAUAAGAACAAAAAAAAUGAAUUUAAUAAAAUAUUAUUAAAAUUAAACAAUAAGCGUAUAAAAUUAUAUUUGAACAGUUAUUUUAAAUAACUGUCAAAGUUCAAAAUCAAACAAUAUUUAUGAG